AUGAUUAAAAAAUUAUUUGUUUUUUUAAUUUGUUUGAUGAUUUCAAAUAAUGCAAUUGCAUCAUCGACAUCUAGUUCAUCAGAAAUUACAACCGUUUCACCAGUGACAAUUAUUGUGAAUCCAAAUCUGUCCAAUAAAUAUCAACCAGGUGAAUGUGGUAAUCAAACAGUGACUUGUAAUAAUUUAAUUGACGCAAUGGAAAGUUUUAUGAAAGUUGCUACAUUAAUUCCAGGAAUUCCAAAUAAAGAAUACUCAAUGUAUCAACAAUUAAAUUUAUUAUUAACUGAUGGUAUUUAUCAAUUUGAAAGUAAUUCAAUUUCAUUAUUUAAUAUGAAUGUAACAAUGGCUACUUUAACAGCAAAUUCAAAUUCUGUCAUUUUCAGUGGUGGUGAUUCGUCAUUAACUUCACCAUUAUUCAGUAUAUCAAAUGGUAACGUAGUCGAUAGUGGCCUAACACCAAGUUAUAUUCAAAUUAGUGGUAUCCAAUUCCAAAUAAAUCAAACACUAUUAAAUGUAAACACCGUUUCAUCAUUCACUGACUUUAAAAUCAGUAAUUGCCAAUUCCUAAAUUAUAACAACCAAUUGGCAUCAAUGUUUACCAUUAACCAAGGCGCUGCCAUUGCUCAAUUGCCACUUGAAAAUAGUGCCAUCUAUUUCACAAAUUCAACAUUUAAAUCACUUUCAACCGGUUACUCAACUCCAUUAAUGUCUUUUAAAAACACAAUUGUUAAAUUAAAUACUAUUAAUGUUUCAAAUGGGUUGGUUGGUAAUUUCAUUAAUGCAACUUAUUGUACAGUAAAUGUUGAUAAUGGUAAUUUUAAUGCUAUUUCUACAUCCACUGGUUUAUUCAGUGGUUUCGACUCAAGUAUUUCAAUUUUUAUGAAUACAUUCAUUGGAAAUAGUGCUGUAUCAAGUAAUGCAGGUGGUUCAAUUAUUAAUAUGGUAUCAGAUAAAAUCAAUAGAUACUAUUUCGAUCUUUUAUUUUCAACAUUUGUUAAUAAUAGUGCUGCUGGUAAUGGUGGUAUUGUUAGUGCGGUUAAUACUGUACAAACUGCAAGUGAAACUCAAAUAAGCUAUAUCGUAAAUUCAACAUUUACUGGCAGUUCUUCCUAUUCAUCAUUUGGUGGCGUUGCUUACUUGAUCAAUACUCCAGUAAGUAUUGAUAGUAGUACAUUUGGAAAUAGUACAUCAAAUAUUGAUGGUUCAAUAUUUUAUUUUACCAAUUCAAACCUAAUCGUUACAAACAGUACUUUUAUUUAUGGUAAUUUACCAUCACCAUCAAUUUUGAAACUAAAUAGAGGUGGUGUUGUUGAUACUACUAUUAACUAUGCUUUCUACACAUCUGGAUCUAAUAUUACAUUCCAAUCAACCAACAUGUAUAGAGUAUCAAUUGAUUGCAUAAACUCUGUAGUUAUUGUUAAUACCGUUGAUCCAGGUAUUGUUGGUCCAAAUGAUGUCCAAUGUUCAAGCUGCCUACUUACUGUUGGUAUCAAUCAAGCACCAUAUUGUAAUCUACCACAAACUUCUUCAUCUUCAACAACUUCCUCAUCUUCAACUUCCUCACCUUCAACAUCUUCAACAUCUUCAACUACCUCACCUUCAACUGCCUCAACUACCUCAACUACCUCACCUUCGACUGCUUCAACCACUUCAACUACCUCACCUUCAACUGCUUCAACCACUUCAACUACCUCACCUUCAACUGCCUCACCUUCAACUUCCUCAACCUCCUUAACUUCCUCAACUUCUUCAACAACAAAAACAGCAUCAUCAUCAUCAUCAUUAUCAUCCACAUCUGGAACAGGCACAUCAAGUAGUAGUAGUAAUAGUGGUGGGGGUCAUAUAAGCUUAGUAGUAGCCUCAUCAUCCUCAACCUCCACAACCUCCUCAACCUCCUCAACAUCCUCUGAAUUCCAAAACUCGACAUUUGGAUUAUUUGUCAUUAUAUCAAUUAUAAUUUCUUUAACAAUUUAA